UGUUGAUAGUUUUACUAAUACCCCUUUUUUAUUACAUACCAACUCAUUAUAAUUCUUAUUUCAUGAGUAUAGAAGCAGCAAAACUUCAGAAAUUGUUAGCCAAUUCCCACCAAAAAAUAGCAGAAGUUAUUUUAUUGUAAGUAUUGUUCAUAAAGCUAAAAUCAGUGGUGAAUUACCUAACCUAACCUAACCUAACCUAACCUAACAUAACCUAACCUAACCUAACCUUAAUUCUACAUAGAUUGCAACAUUAAACAAUAAAUAUCAGCAUAUUCAAUAAAACACAACAAAACACAAUCAAAUUCACUUACACUUUCCACUGUUACUGUUACGUUGUUCGCAGCUAUUUAAGACUGUUCCACCUCUGAGUUAAUUCCGCCAUUUGCUUUGUUUACGCGGUGCUCGUGUGGUGAGGAAAGGUGAGAUUUGUGAGGAAAUGGACCUCUUUGAAUUUUUUUUGUGUAAGAAAACUUGAAGGAUUAUGUGUCGAGUGUUUUUCAGUCAGUUAAAUUUGGUUUUAAAAAUUAACAAACGGAUCUUUUCAUCAAAACAACUCCUGUUUUGGAUUAAUUAAAUUCCAUCUUAGUAGAAUUUAAUCCGUUACUUUCGAAGAUCAUGGAUUUCACACCAAAAUUAUAAUCUCCGGAAACAAUAAUGAACCAGACAAUAUCUCUCAACUAGUUCGUAGAAAAGGAAAUUCCAAUAGCAAAAAAUAAAGAAACAUAGUCUGAAAAUAGUCGUAAGUGAAUGCAAGCACUGAUACCAUGAAGACCACGAGCGAGUUUCUCGUGGUGCUCACGAGUAGCAUAUUAGCAGGGUUUUUCGGUUCUUCGCACUCUUCAGUUAUAUCAUCAGAUCUAGAAGGACGAUGCGAAGAAAUUACCAUACCCAUGUGCAUGGGAAUAGGAUACAAUAAUACACGAAUGCCAAACGAACUAAAUCAUGAAACUCAAGAAGAAGCUGGCUUAGAGGUCCACCAGUUUUGGCCAUUAGUAGAAAUAGGUUGUGCACCAGAUUUAAAAUUCUUUUUAUGUUCUAUGUACGCGCCGAUAUGUUUAGAAGACUUUUUAAAACCACUUCCACCUUGCCGAGGUAUCUGCAAUAGAGCAAGAACCGGCUGUGAACCUAUUAUGACUCACUACGGUUUCAAAUGGCCGGAAAGAAUGGAAUGUGAUCAAUUUCCUGUUCAAGGAGGAGAUAUACUAUGUAUGGAUCAACCCGCUCAAAAUAACGCUUCGUCUACUCCGAAACCAACAACAAAUAGGAAAAACUUAAAACCAUGUAGGAACGGUUCAAAAAACUGCACAGUUCCCCUCGGAGACCAAAAAAGAAAAGAGUGCAAAUGCCAGUGUCAACAACCCCUCGUCUCCAUGGGGAGAGAAAUUCCACUCGCCAUAAACAGAAGCGUCGCAGGCAUCGCAAAUUGUGCAUACCCUUGCAAGGAAACGUACUUCAACCCCGACGAAAAAGAAUUCGCAACCAUAUGGAUAACGCUAUGGUCGGGUCUGUGCGCCGCCUCCACACUAAUGACACUUACCACGUUUUUCAUCGAAACGGAACGGUUCAAGUACCCUGAGAGACCGAUCGUCUUUCUUUCCGCCUGCUACUUUUUAGUAUCCGUAGGAUACUUGAUAAGAGUGGGAGUCGGUCACGAGGAAGUUGCUUGCGAUGCAAAUAUCAUCAAGUAUUCUUCCACUGGACCAAGUCUUUGUACAACAGUUUUCUUACUCGUCUAUUUCUUCGGUAUGGCGUCUUCUAUUUGGUGGGUGAUAUUAUCACUAACAUGGUUUCUAGCCGCUGGGUUGAAAUGGGGAAACGAAGCGAUAGCCAGUUAUGCUCAAUAUUUCCACAUAGCAGCAUGGCUUAUUCCUACUUUCCAAACUCUAGGAGUUUUAUUAUCAGGUGCAGUUGAUGGAGAUCCCGUAUCUGGAAUCUGUUAUGUUGGCAAUAUGAAUAUGGAUAAUUUAAGAACAUUCGUUUUAGGUCCGCUAAUAAUUUAUUUAAUCUUGGGUACAAGCUUCCUUUUAGCAGGUUUCGUAUCCCUCUUCAGAAUAAGAAACGUUAUUAAGAAACAGGGAGGUGCUGGCGCAGGAUCUAAAGCGGAUAAAUUAGAAAAACUGAUGAUACGUAUAGGAAUAUUCAGCGUGCUUUACACUGUACCUGCAACUAUAGUGAUUGGUUGUCAUUUGUACGAAAAUACGUUUCACGAGGAAUGGAUGAAAUCUUUAGCUUGUACUUGUCCGACUAACGUGGUGUCCGUUAAGGAACGACCACUUUACUCCGUCUUAAUGCUCAAAUACUUCAUGGCUCUGGCAGUAGGUAUAACGUCCGGAGUAUGGAUAUGGUCGGGAAAGACCGUCGACUCUUGGAGAAGACUAUCAAGAAGAUUGUUUGGAAGAUCAGAUCUUUCUGGUGCGAACGCUGUAUUAAUCAAAAACAGAAAUAAACCGCCUCCGGCAGGGUUUUUAAUCGGAGGUCCAGGUAGCGCUUCACUACUCGGACCUACAAGUAGCGUAGCUUCGGCCAGUCAACACCAUCUGCACCACCAUGUUUUAAAACAACCCCCUCUCAGUCACGUAUGACAAGCGGGUGAAGGAACAGCGCCUGUAAUAGUGAACCAUCCACCUCAAGGUUCAGGACCUUCGUUAAGUAAUUACGGGCCCAUUUGAGUGACCGCCUGGGGGCCACGCGAUAUGGUCACAGCUCUCUAGUCUUCGCCGGUGCCAAUUCGGACACUUCAUUUUUGUACAGAAGAAAUUUCUUAAUUUUGUUAAAUAUUUAUUUAUUGAAUUUAAGUCUAUAAAUGUGGAGAGUUUUGCAUACUCAUAAUGGGUAAUUCAUAUUUUCGAAAUUAUUAUUUUGAUUGUUAUAAACAAGAAAAUUAUAUUUUAAUAUUAGUUAUUAUUAUUAUUUCACAUGUAUUACUGUAAAAUAUAUACAGUUCGUCCCAAAAUACAAAAUAUAUCCAACAAGUAAGUUCGGUUGGUUAAAUAAAAAGUGCAUUUCAUUGAUUGCCGUUUAGUUUCUGGGGUGUCGUCAGUUAGCCAAGUUUCAUCCCUCGUGCUAAAAGUUGGAGUACAUUGCCCGUUCGUUGUUUUUCAUAUUGUUCAGUAAGAAUUUAGGAUACCCAACGUGAACUUCUCGAAAUUUCAGUUUUUCAUCAACCAUGAAACCAAAGACCGGCAUCCACACGUUCUCUAUUGAACUGUCUGCUUCAUUGUUUAAUUAAUCAAUCACUCAUAACAUUUUCUCAAUAAAUUUCACGUUCCUUGGAUUUAUAAAAUGAAUCACUGCCGCGCAUGCUCGAACUGCGAUCGCAGCGCUACUGCUGAUAGAAUGCGAAACUAAACUUACAUAGUGGAUAUACUUUGUAUUAGGAUUUGAUGUGAAGUAUUACAGGUCUGUGUUAUGAAUUUUAUUUAGAUAUUUCAAAUAUUUCUCAACAAUCUAGCAUUUACACAUAUCUCUUAUUUAUAGGACAAUUUGUAUAAAUUAUUUUUGAUAAGUUUAGAUAUUUUACUUUAUAAAUUAUUAGACAUUCAUUUCUAAAACUCUUUCUUAAGAGAUUCACGGAUAUUACUAAUGAUGAAUUUCAUAACCGUUAAAUUACAUCGAUUUGACUCACAAAUGUGUAAUACGGUUCAAUGCACUUUAAUUUUCAAAGCAAAAUAUUUUUUAAAAUGUGAAUUACCUCCAUUACUCAUUUAUAUAAAUAAAAUUUACAAUGUAUGUACAGAAAGGGUAUAGUACUCUAAUUUUUUCAAAAAUCAAAUUUACCAACUUUGUUUUUUCUAUGAGAAACAAUUUAUAUCAAUAGAGGCUAUAAUGAUAGUAGAAUUUUUAUGAACUACAAUUACGCCGCAACUGUCAUUGAAAUAUCUCAGCGAACAAUGAUUUUAUUUGUAAUUGAAUCCACUUGCAAACCGACCGAUUUCAUUGUAUCUAUAACUCAUCAGUACAAGAUAAGUCGUAUGAGAAACUGUUUUUUAUUUUUAUAACUUGUCUUCUAUUGAAAGGUUAAAGUUAACUGUGAUUUGUUGGCAGUCCAGUCACUAUCUCUUUUAGUUAAGAGAUUAUUCUCUUCCCAUGCACAUUUUAAAAUCAUAUUAGCUAUAUAUAAUAAAUCAAUGAGUAUUUUCAUAUCAAAAUUUAAUUCAAACUUCCAAAGAGGGACAUUUGGGAAUUUUGGGGACGCCGGGUCUAACACGCUAUGUCCCCCCGAAAGCUGGCCACCUUAUAAAGUGUGGUACAAAUGAAAGGAAUAAAUUUGUUACUUCGUAAGCCGGCGACUUUAAGGGAAAAUCCUGGAACCCGAUUUUUAUUUUUGACGUCAUCAAUGUAAGCUUGAUUUAGACAUAGCUAAAAUUUUUAAAUGGAAAUGUGGGGUUUUAAAUUAUUAUUUGAAAGAUCUUUUCAAUACCUAUCCAGCCAUAACAAUAUCUCUGAGUAAAUGAUGUUUGAAUUUGUUUUAAAAAUUAAUAAAUCUGAAUUUGAAUAGAUCGAAACCUAAAUUAUGUGCUCAAACUGUUUAUGUUCAACUAAAAUACACUUAGCAUGAGAUAAUGACAUGGAUCAUUCAUCAGACCUCAGAAAGCUAAAAAAGGACAAGUGGCAACCCUCCAAAGUAAGUUUAGUACAACUAUUUAUGGAAGAUGUGAAAUUAUAAAGGAAAAAAAAUAAAAGAGAUCCGUUGCUUAUAAAAGAGGUUCUUUCCUCUGAUGAAGCUACAUAUCCAUUUAACGGUCAUGUCAAUCGGUACUGGGCUACGGAAAAUCUACACUCGGUGCAAAAGUACCCAGAGAAAGUUAAUGUUUGGGCGGGAAUAAUAGAUUAUGGGAUUACUGGACCAAGAUAUUCCGAAACAAUCUUUACAUGUCUUCAAUCUUUAGAAUUUCUUAAAAAAAUUGAACCGGUUGUUUCAAAACAAAAAUGAUUUAUGGCUGCAGUAUGGCCUCCAUAUAUGGCCUGAUGCGCAACUACUGAAACGUCAUUCCAAAUCGAUGGAUGGGUCUAAUAUGGAUAAUAGAAUAGCUACUUGGGUCACCUGAUUUGAUUUCUUUUCUCUUUAUGGUGUUAUUCGAAAAGUAAAGUUGACCAAAAUAGACCACGAAAUAUCAUUGAAGAUAGAAUUCGUAUUGAGGGGCACAUAUAACAUAUAGGGAAGGUUCGAGAAGAUCUUUCGAAUAAUGUAUUACAACACCCACAUUUAUAUUUAAAAAUUUUAGUAAUUACGUCAUCAAGUUCACACAGAUGACGUUAAAAAUAGAAAGGUAUCGUUUAAGUCAAGGGUUGACGAAAUAACGAUUUUAUUCUUUUUAUCUGUACCAUACUGUAUGUAAUUCCUUGAAAUAAGUCGGUUUGUCUUACAGCAGGAAAUUUUUGAAAUUCUGCAAUCUGUGAACUAAAUUCUAAUGAAUAUGAUUAUCCUCUACAUAAAUUUUCGAAGAAUUUGAUUCACACUAAUAUAUUUCCACAAAAUGCAAUUAAAUAUUAUAAACAAAGGGAUAACUUUAGAAUAGCAAAAAUUGUACAUAUAUAGUUUAUUCUAAUUUUUUUUAUAAUAUUAUUAAUUAAAAACUCACAAGUGAGUUAAUUUUCUGGAUUUUCUGAAUUAAUGGUACCAUACCCAAAAGGAUUUUUAUAAAAAUGUUUAGUUAACACUUCUGUUGAUAGCUCAUUGUUGGUUUACAAGAAUUAACCAUGACUUAGUUUAAUAAAAUGGAAAAACUUUGAAAAUAAAUGUAUUGCUAGCCAACACCUUCAUAUUUGAUAAUAAUAAGUUAACUUUUGAAUACGCAUACGGUUAAAAGAAUUUCCAUAUGAAAUCUAACAUUCUAUUGUGAAACUUUUCACGAGUAAAAAAAAUAUCUCUGUCUAUUUUUUAAAAUGUGGAUUUUUUAUGAUUCUUUGUUCAUGAUAUCAAAUAUAAAGUUAUAAUUAUGAACUUGAUGGUUUAGGAUAAAAUUGAAUAUUAAAUCAUUCCAAAGUUCUGAAGUUCAUUUACUAAACAAACAAUUGUACAUCUCAGAUAGAUUCUUAAUUACCUCAGAAAGCAUAAUAUUGUUCACCAAAUGAAACAAGGAAUCUAGGCAGAGUAGAGAAGUUUUUACAAUAGUGUGCUCUUUCAGUAGAAGAAAUUUGCGUUAUACAUCAGGAUCUAAUAAGGCAACAUCACAUGCUCCCAGUAGAUGCUGCCAGUAUCACUUACCUUACCAAUCGGCACAACGGUCCUUGCAGAACCUUGGCCUCCCGGAAAACUGUCCUCCAUUCUUCUCGAUGUUAUAUUUUUCUCCACCAGUUUCGGAAGCCAAGUUCUUUUAGGUCCUAUUCUACGUAGUCCUGCCAACUUAUAUUUGUUCGUCGUGAUAAUCUGCGACCUUCCGGCUUUUGUUGGAAUGCAAAUUUGACUCCUCGACCAUCCGGCUUCUGUUCGACGUGAUCAAGCCAUCUUAGUCUCGCACACACAAUCUCAGCAUAGUACGAAUGCGCCAUUCUUCUUGGUCUUGGAUUGGUCCAUAAAUGCGUCCUAUUUCACGAUUUAAGGCUCAGUUCGUUAACAGGCAUUGCCCAGGUUUUAGAAACAUACAUGAUAACUGCCCUUAGUACCGUAGGUAGAUCAUCUGUGUCUGCUGAGUAGGCAUCCAGCAUCUUCUGGGCACUGUUUCCAGCUUUCACUCUCUCCUAUAUCUCCAGUGCAGUCUCGUUGUUUUCAGUUAAGAGAGAGCCAAGUUAUUUGAAGUUGUCAACACGUUGUUAUCUACAGUGAACGCUGCCGUUUUUGCGUGGGCUCGUCUGCGCGACAUGAGGAAGUACUUCAUUUUAUCUUCGUUCACACUAAGGUUGGAUUCUUCAUUGAUUGUCUGAAAGUCUUCUCAGAGCUCUAUUUCCCUUCUGCUUAGCUGGCGGACAUCGUCUGCGUAGCCCACCUUCUGUCUUAAUCGGUUGAGUAUUGUUCCUCCCGGUUUGGUCUGCAGUCUCUUCAUAAAAGAGCUUCUCCAUGCUCUUCACCUUACAGUGGGUGUUACAUUAGGACUUUACCACUUGUCUUAUCAGGCAGUAUCACUAGCCUGAUAAUUUUUGGUUGGGAAACAAUGUACAUGAAUUAAUCGUGAAUUUUCCAUGGAAUAUAUGUAACUUUCGAACUUUAAAGAAGAAAAUUUUGCUAAAAGAAGGUAUAUGAUGAAUACAAUUAAAAAUAUAGGCUACUUUUGUUGGGAAAAUAUUAAUGGGAAAUAGUUUUAACACGGUUAAUUACAGAAUGCUUGGCUUUUUCUUUUAAAUUGUUCAAUAAAAAUAUUUUUUAUCGUGUUUCUUAGUCUUACUACCAUAUUAUUAUAAUAUACCUUAUAAUUUAAUUCUAAUCUUAGAACUGGCUACAUUAGGAUCCCUUCAUGUAGAAAAAUUGGAAUUGCGUUAUCUAUUAGCAGCGUUAAGUCGGGGCAAACGAUCAAAAAAAUAAACAUUUCGGUAUUCAAUUUUUUAUGAGAUACAUGGAUUCUAAUUAUGAAAAUAGCUUAAAUUUAUUAUGAAUAAACGCAAAAAAUUAUUGGUAGACAAUCUUCUUAAGGUUAAAGUGCUAAUAGACAGCACAAAAAAGAGAUAAAUUGCUAAAAAAAAAUGAAAUACAUAAGUACGUGUUUCUAUAUUUUAUCUAUUCAACAAUUUCUUUUUCCUGAAUGUGAGAAUGAACAAAAAAAACUGCCUGCCAGAUUAUGGCAACUACAAUAGGAUCAAUUGGUACCACGGUUUCUAAGAAAUAUUAUAGAGGCAAACCUAAACUUAAAAUUAUACUCACAAGUAAAAGAAAGUGGUAAGUAGAAAAUAAAGUAUUUUUUUUUUCAUUGUAUUGAUUCAAAGACGCCAAAAAUCCACAUUUUAGAACUUUAUCACUGUUGCAUUCUACAAAAUAAAAGUAUUAAAUUUAAUAUGGAACAUUCAUUAUUAUUAUUAAAUCUCAUAACGAAUAUUUUUUAAAUGUACUCGUUUUGUCUUAUAUCUUGAUAAAUAUAUUGGCUACAAUAAUAAGAAGGGUGCACAGGAAUAAAAUUAAGUAUAAUGUACAGGGUACUAUUCGUAUUUUAUAAAAAAAACUAUUAAAAGAUUCCUUUGUACUCUUCGCAAUCUAUACUCUACUCAUUAUGAGGAUAUGAUUACCAAAAGUGAUGAAAAAAAUACGUAAUUAAAUAUAUUUUAAAUGUAUAGUUGGAUGGUGUGGAUAUGUGAAUGUGUAUUUGAUAAUUCAAUGGAAAAAAUUUGGAUAAAAACAGAAAGUGAUCGUUUCAAAAGCCAUAUUUGUGCCAUAAUAAGGUUAUCAGGGGACCAUCCGGGAAUUUGGAAAGUUUCAUUUCAUUGAGAUAUCAAUGUGAGUGAUUGGAAAUUAAAAUUUCGGGAAAAUCUUCAUAUAUAUAUAUAUUCUUGUAGGUUUUUUCUUGUUAGGAUAUAAGAUUUUUUUUAUAAUAAAUUAUUGAAACGAACCCCAUAACCUUUUGUACUUAUAACCGUCUAUUUAAUCGUUUUGUAAAUAUCAAAUCGGCAGCAACGUGUCACAUAAGCUGCUAAUUCGUACUAAAUAGUUAUCCUGUUGAAUGUAUGUAAAGAUACACAAAGAAAGUGAUUAACUGUAUCCAAGAUUCAAUAUUUAUGAAAUGUUGUGGUUGUUAGAAGUGUUUGAUUUUUUUAAAUACUUAGAAGUGGGUUAUACCUAAAAGUAUUAGAGUAAGAACCGAAAAAUAGGCUCAACUGAUGUCCCAAUAAGUCAUAUUCUAAAUUAUUUUUUGAUUUUGACUAUGAAUUAUUUUCUUCAAAUAACUUUUCUCAUUUUCCGACAUUAGAAAUUAAUACUACAUCAAUUAAUGAAAAAUUAAAAUAUAUAACUGAAUACAAUUAUCCAAUUAGCUUUCUGACCAUAUACAAUAAGCUUAAAACAAAAUUUGAGCAUGCCAUAAUGACUAAGUUCGUAUAGAUGUCGAUCAUCACCCUACGUUUUACGUUUUAUAAAUGCUGGUUAGAUGUGGAUUUGCACUCUGCACCUAUAGGAGUUAUAGUUAACGAAAUCAAAUACAUCUAACAAAAUAUUUUUGUUUUUCACAAAUAGGCAGAUAAGGAUCUUAUCUUCCAAUGGAAGACGGAAAUAUACAGGGUACAUAUACUGAAAUCCAGAAUAAUGUUGGAGUUACAAAAAUAUCCAUUUGUAGAGGACUCAAUGUACAUAUCACAAUUUUUACUAUUUAAAUAAGUAUUUCUUACACAUUUUUUUUCUCAAAAAAGUUACGCGUCUCUAAAGUAACACUAAAAUGACUAAUUCAAGUAUUUUAUAGUGUUUUUUAGCUAAUUUUAUGUGAACUAACUAUCCUGCCGAACUUUAUUCCCUCAGGUAUUUUGGUGCACAGAUUGCACUCUUUAUUGUAAUGGACGAUAACAAAUAAUGCAGACGGUCUUCCGACCCGUGAACAUGCCACAUAUAAUUGCCCAUGGGAAAACAAUGGAUUUUCUAGAUUCAGACCCAACCUUUCAAAGAUUGGCCCUGUGAUUUGUUAAUGUACAAAAGACAGAUCGGAUAUUAAAGUCGUUUAAACUCAAACUGCAAAUAAGAAAUUCCCCAUCUUUCUAUCAUCAUUUUUAGUUGGUUUAUGUUUCGAAGCAUGAUUACUACGAAGCCAACCUUUAGUCUUAAAUUUAGGCCGGCAAAAUACCAUAACCUUGCUAGCGUCUAUCCACUUCUUUGGAAUCGGUUUAUUACGUACAGUCCAUUCACCUGACUGUCGAUUAGACUCCGGUGUGAAAUGAUAAAGUCAUGUUUCAUCCAUUGUUAUAUUUGGAUUUAUUACAUUUGACGGCUCCGGGCACUGUUCAGAAUCAUCGAUCCGUUAUAGGUUUUGGUCGAUUUUGAUCCACUUUAAACGGAGCUUUCGCAUACCCAAACAUUUAUUAACGAUAUGUUCAACACGUUCCUUUCAGCUAUCUUAAUAAUCUUUUCUUUACGAAAUUAUUUUUUCGACUUUUUUGAUGUUUUCGGGCUUCUAUUGUGAGCAUUGUCCUCGGUGAUCAUUUCGUCUCGUUUAAACUUAGGGGGCAAAGUUAGAAUAAUGUUUAUCAAGCCACCUCUCGGUUUCCCUAAUAUUUUUUGCCAAAAAGCAAUGCUUCACAUGACAAAAUUCUUUUUCAUCCAUUUCUUCAAAAUAACCGAAACUGCUUUACUCAAAAAGUUUUAACUCACAAACAAAUAGUAGCUGUGAAAUGUAUUUACCUGUCUUUUAAAGGUUAGAGCUAACUGGAAAUGUUGUGAAUUUGAUUCUUAUAAAACUAUCUAUUUGUCAGCCUAAGAAGUUUUCAGCCCAUUUAGGGUAGGGUAGGUAUAUUUUUUCCAAAUCACUAUUCUCUUCUAAUCGUCUAGUUUCAUGAGCCUCGGUUAGCUCUUUAUGUGAUAAUGCUGGUGGGAGGUAGGGCAUAUUCUUCCGAAUUAUUCCAACAAUUGUUAAGUUAAAAGGCCAGGGAAUAAGAUUGUCAGCUAAAGAUAUUAGUAAGCCAAUUACCUAUUGUUACGUUUUGGUUGGUACCAUAAAGUGAAACUGUUGAAAGCUCAAUAAAGUAAUUCGUUCUGAAGUUAGGAUGAGUAGACUUUUCAACAUAUAGACUGGCAUUAGGAUAUUUUAUAAUUCCGGAGUUUCCUAAAAGUUUUUUGUCAGUUGUGACAUACGAACUUAUACUUUGUUUAAAAUACUUUACUAAAUUCUUCCCAAACUUCAGAUAUGGGAGAACAUUCUUUCUUUAUCUUGUUACUAAACCUUAGAAAAUCAAUUAAAUAGUCACGGCCUUACGUAUACAAUAUUUUUAAUAAGAAUGUUUCCUACGACUUUGGUUUAGAAUUCCUUUAUACCCAUUUUUUCCUUCCAAAGUUUCAAAAUUAGUAAACUCCGUAAAUUGUUUACAUAACUCACUAUUUCUUGAAAUUGUACUGGUUCGCCAGAAUCUAGAGAUGUUUGUCUUUGCAUCGGGUAGACUAGGAGUUUCAUUGUGACCUGUCAUAGAAGAAAUAUAAACUGCAACGGUACAUUUUCACCCAUGGCUCUAUUUAGAAUUCCCAAUUCCAAAUCUGUUUCAUAACUAUAAGGAAGAAAAUCUGCUUUUAAUUUAACAACAAUAUCUGAUCAAGAUUGGAAUUUACUACGAUUAUUGAGGUAUCGUGUGAACGCACUGCCUCGAAAUAAUUCACAAGGCUGUAAAACUAACUCAUCAUCAGAAAUACCUCUAGAAACUCUAAUUACCAAGAAGAAAUUAAGUGAUUCAUUCUUCCUAGAUGAGGAAAUAUCCCAUUUAUGAACUGGAUCAUAACGAGAUGUAGGAAAAAAUGAAGAAGAUAAAGAUGAAGAAGCAAGAGGAACAUGAUUAUUGUGUGUUUCAACACAAUCAGAAAUUAGUGAGGUUGUCUUAGUUUCCAAAUCAGAUUCAAGUAAAAUCAUUUUCCUAUCCAGAGAAAUCUUGAGCUGAACUUGUUGAUCACAACCUACUCUCAACAAUAUCUUCACAUCUAACAAGAGCUGCUGAAGUUGGGCAUGUAUUAGUUUUUAUCUACUCAUUUUUGUGAUUGCAUAAUAUUAUCGGUACGAAAAACUUAAGUAGUAAACUUUUCCUCUCAAAACUAUCGACACAUAACUUCGACGUACUAAGGUUUAAGUUAUAGUAGGACCUGAACACUAUCAUUUGGAAUAUUGUACUAAUCUAUAUGGAGAACAUCUGUAAAAAACUGUGAGGAAAGCACAGCACAGCAUCAAUUAAGUAAUUUUUAAGUAUGGUAGUAUUUUAGGGUUAAACUUCUAUCUCGAUCCAAAUUAAUUGUUAUAAAAUUUAAACGCAAAAUAGUGGACUCAUUGAGUGAAAUAACUAUUAAGUUGCAUUUUAUAAAUGUGUAUUUAAAUGAAUAUUACACAUUUUAUGAAUAUUGAAUCAAAAUAGCUUUAAAAAUAUUUAGUGUAGAACAUAUCAAAUUUUAUACCAUAAAAAAUAAAAGAACAAAUUGUCUUUUACACAUUAGUAUUUUUGUUAAUCAUUGACACACAUAUUCAUUUGUACAUUAUUUUUAUGAUACAUAAAAUUGACUUUGACUGAGCACAAACAUUGUUUUUGUAUAUUUUUUUAAAUAAAAUCUUGUACAGAAUAAAUAUAAUUUGUAAUUGUGUGUAUAGUAGUGUUAGUUGAUGUAACUUGUCUGUAUGCUUCAAAGUGUAUACGAUUAAAUAUAUUUUAUUGUUCCAAUUUAA